CUUGUCACUGCGGUAGCGUCCAACGUGAGGACUGGAGAUCCCAUCUCCACUGUCUUCCACUACCGGCCAUACGAAUGGAAGCAGCUGCCCGGCUCAAGUGGGACCUACAUGCGGCGUCACCGCUUCGUCCGUUCAACAAGGGAGGUUGAAUUUAUCGGGUACGUCGAAAUCGACUAGGCGGAUCGAUCGCACUCCCUUCCCUUCCCAAGCGGCUCCGGUCGUCCUCCAUCUACUUUAAAGAGGACGCCUCCUGCGGAGAGAGGGGAGGAAGAAGCACAAGAGAAUGGAGAAGCCAGGCCUGGAUUCGCCUCUGAUCCCAGGCCACACCGAAGUCCUUGUCUCUGGUGCUGAUGUGGUGAACGAAGCAGGCCUGAAGAGUGACGGAGAGUUCUUCGCCGAGAUCAAGAGGCAACUCUGCUUGGCGGGGCCGCUAAUAGCAUCGAGCUUGUUGCAGAACAUUCUUCAGGUCAUAUCAGUCAUGUUCGUUGGCCAUCUUGGGGAGCUUGCCCUCUCUGGUGCUUCCAUGGCGACCUCCUUCGCUGGGGUCACUGGCUUCAGCUUCUUGUUGGGGAUGAGUACUGCAUUGGAUACAAUGUGUGGACAAGCCUUCGGAGCAAAACAGUACCACAUGCUUGGCAUACACAUGCAGAGAGCCAUGCUUGCCCUAACACUAGUAAGUCUUCCUGUUGCUGUGAUCUGGUCCUACACAGGUUCGAUUCUCAAACUAUGCGGGCAAGAUCCGGAGAUUGCAACCGAAGCUGGAUUGUAUGCUCGGUGGAUGAUUCCCACCAUUUUCGCAUAUGGACUCCUACAGUGCCAUGUUAGGUUCCUGCAGACCCAGAACAUUGUCUUCCCUAUGAUGCUGAGCACCGGCGUCACAGCUCUGUCGCACGUUCUUGUGUGUUGGCUUCUGGUGUUCAAGUCUGGCCUCGGAAGCAAAGGUGCAGCUGUGGCAAACUCCAUCUCUUACUGGACAAAUGUGCUGCUGUUGGCACUAUAUGUAAGGCUAUCUCCUGCCUGCAAGAAGACUUGGAUUGGCUUCUCGAGAGAGGCUUUACAUGACAUGUCCACCUUCAUCAAACUGGCUGUUCCAUCAGCUACUAUGGUCUGCUUUGAAUUCUGGUCAUUCGAGUUGCUCGUGCUUCUCUCGGGCAUUCUUCCAAAUCCAAAGCUAGAAACAUCAGUUUUGUCGAUAAGCCUCAAUACUGCUUCCAUGGUGUUCAUGGUCCCUUUUGGCCUUGGUGCUGCAGUAAGUACACGCGUUUCAAAUGAACUUGGUGCUGGCCAUCCACAAGCUGCAAGCUUAGCAGUAAAGGUGGUGGUAUUCCUGGCCAUCACAGAAGGAUUGAUAGUGGGCUUAACCAUGAUUCUGGCGCGAGGCAUUUGGGGUUAUGCAUACAGCAACGUGGAAGAAGUCGUAAGAUAUGUGGCCAUUAUGAUGCCAAUCCUCGCAACCUCAAACUUGCUGGAUGGAAUGCAAUGUGUGCUCUCAGGUGUUGCCAGAGGAUGCGGGUGGCAAAAGAUUGGUGCUUUAGUUAAUCUUGGAGCUUAUUACAUUGUUGGCAUUCCUUCGGCUCUCCUUCUCGCGUUUGUCCUCCAUGUUGGAGGAAAGGGACUUUGGAUGGGAAUAAUAUGUGGCCUCUUUGUACAAGUGCUGCUCUUUUCGGCCAUUGCCUAUUGCACUAACUGGGAGAAAGAAGCUAGGAAGGCGAAGGACAGAGUGAUCAACUCCACCGUUCCCAAAGACACUGCAACAUGAUGGCAUGAUCAUGUGAAGCUCCUGAAGCUUCUGGCCGUCAGAACUGCAAUGAGAAGCAGAGAGGAGAAUGCAAUUGUUACAGUAUGGCACCAGAAAAAUUGUUGAAAAUAACAUGAAACUAUUGUUUGGUGCAUCUCUAUUUUCAUGAAUAUUUUCGACUUCUCUUUGUUGUGAAGUCCAUUUUUCAUUUUGUCUUUUACUUUCCGCCUUUAAAGUACUAAGUUGAUCGACUAUUAA